AUUUUGUUUUUUUGUUUUUUUUUUAAUUUAACAAUUUUUUUUUUUAUUGGUUGAAUGUGUUUCUCCACUGGUGAGUCUCCAACUUUGACCUGCAAAGGGUCUAUAUAGCGAGUUUCACGAGCACCUAACCAAUAUCUGUGUAAUAAUUCCCAUUUUUCUUUCAUACCCACUUCAUUUGAUCAUCUUUUUCACAACCCCGGAUCUCUAAUUCUUGGGAAUUUGCCUCUUUCUCGAUCCAUUUCCACCGUAAUUGAAAAAUAUUCAGCAGGUAAAAACAUGGCUGCUCCAGGAAAGCUUACAAGGAUUGGUCUUGCUGGUUUGGCUGUAAUGGGUCAAAACUUAGCUCUCAACAUUGCAGAAAAAGGCUUCCCUAUUUCUGUAUAUAACCGAACAACCUCCAAAGUAGAUGAAACGGUUGAACGAGCAAAAGCUGAAGGAAACCUUCCUCUCUAUGGCUUCCAUGAUCCUGAAUCUUUUGUUCAAUCAAUUCAGAAACCUCGUGUCAUAAUCAUGCUUGUUAAAGCCGGGGCUCCAGUUGACCAAACCAUUAAAACCCUCUCUGCUUACUUGGAGAAAGGUGAUUGUAUUAUUGAUGGUGGUAAUGAAUGGUAUGAGAACACUGAAAGGAGAGAGAAAGCCAUGGCUGAAUUAGGUCUGCUCUACCUUGGAAUGGGAGUUUCAGGGGGUGAAGAAGGUGCUAGGAAUGGUCCUUCUUUGAUGCCUGGAGGAUCUUAUGAGGCCUUUAAGAACAUUGAGGACAUUCUUGUUAAGGUUGCAGCCCAAGUUCCCGAUAGCGGUCCCUGUGUGACUUACAUUGGCAAAGGUGGAUCAGGUAAUUUUGUGAAGAUGAUCCACAAUGGAAUAGAAUAUGGUGAUAUGCAGCUGAUUGCAGAAGCUUAUGAUGUUUUGAAAUCUGUGGGGAAGCUAUCAAAUGAGGAACUUCACCAAGUUUUCUCAGAAUGGAACAAAGGCGAGCUUCUAAGUUUCUUGAUUGAAAUCACUGCAGAUAUCUUCAGCAUCAAGGACGACAAAGCCGAUGGCUAUUUAGUUGACAAAGUUUUGGACAAGACCGGUAUGAAGGGUACCGGUAAAUGGACUGUUCAGCAAGCUGCUGACCUCUCAGUUGCUGUCCCUACCAUUGCUUCUUCUCUUGAUGCAAGGUUCCUUAGUGGUUUGAAAGAAGAGCGGGUCGAAGCAGCAAAAGUCUUUGGAUCAGGUCUUAAUGAUGUCUUGGCUCCUCAAGAAGUCGAUAAAGCAAAGUUGAUCGAUGACGUGAGACAAGCUCUUUAUGCAUCCAAAAUAUGCAGCUAUGCUCAAGGCAUGAAUUUGAUCCGUGCCAAGAGUAUUGAGAAGGGAUGGGAUUUGAAGUUGGGUGAACUUGCCCGGAUUUGGAAGGGAGGUUGUAUCAUCCGAGCCAUAUUUCUCGAUAGAAUCAAGAGGGCCUAUGAUCGUAAACCCGAUCUAGCCAAUCUUCUUGUGGAUACAGAAUUUGCUAAGGAAAUAAUGGAACGACAGUCAGCUUGGCGAAGAGUUGUAUGUUUGGCCAUCAACUCAGGCAUCAGCACCCCAGGAAUGUCCUCCAGUCUCGCUUACUUCGACAGCUACCGGAGGGAGAGAUUGCCCGCUAACUUGGUCCAAGCUCAAAGAGACUAUUUUGGUGCCCAUACAUAUGAAAGAACUGAUGUUGAAGGAUCUUUCCAUACCGAAUGGUUCAAGAUCGCCAAACAGCUUAAGAACUGAAUGUAUUCAUUGCCAUAAUCCCGAAAGUAAGAACAGUUUUUUCAUUUUCAAUAAUCUUAGCUCUGUACUGUUCGUUGAUCGGAGCUGAUUUCAUGUUUUUGGGUGACAGUUUGGUUACAUUACUUUGUUGUUUUUGAGUUUCAGAGUUUGAAUAUGUUGUCUGAUAAGUUUAUGCAUAGAAUUUCCAUUUGAUUUUCUUCUUC